AUGAACAAUGUAGGGUAUUAUUUGGUUGUGACGGACAGAAUGGGUACCACAGAAAAUUUUGAUCUACAACCUAGUACAUCUGGACAAUUGACAUUUAGGUGUAUCUUAUGCAAGAAAGUAGGGCAUAAAGCCCGACAUUGUUUACUUAGAAGAUCGAAUCAGGCGACUAGUAGCAGUACUCCAAGGAGCAGUGAUCAAGGUAUCCGUUGUCCUCAAAAUUUUGAUCUACAACCUAGUACAUCUGGACAAUUGACAUUUAGGUGUAUCUUAUGCAAGAAAGUAGGGCAUAAAGCCCGACAUUGUUUACUUAGAAGAUCGAAUCAGGCGACUAGUAGCAGUACUCCAAGGAGCAGUGAUCAAGGUAUCCGUUGUCCUCGGCUACAAAUAACAACCAUGGGUACUAUACCACUGGCGAGGACACCAGAGGGUCAGGAAGGCCGAUUGUUACGAAAAAUAUUACAUCGAGUCCAAGGACGGCAACGUCGGAAGACUAGAUAAUAUAUCCACAAACUUGUAUGAUACGAAAAAAAGCAUGUAAACACUAAACGGACAGAAUAAAUCGAGCGUUGUUACCGGGCAGGUAGUUUUAUUGAGAGCUCCGAAAAACAUCGUGUCGUGUGAGAAAAGACGUAAUAUAUGUGAACCAUUACAGGGCUACCAAACAGACGAAUAUGACUUAAAUCUG